AUGGAAUCUGUGCCUCUGAAAGAACAGAGCUCUGCCGCUAAGAGCACUGAUUCUCUAGAUCCUAUCAGCAAAAAGCCAGAUCAUGCAAACCAAGACUCGUUGAACUGGAAGAAUUCAAUCUAUCUCGUCGGAAUUCCUUUGUUAGCCGUGAUUAGUCUUUUCUGGGUGCCUUUUCGUAAAGGGACUCUUUGGUGUGGCUUCUGCUAUGCCUAUCUGAGAGGUCUUGCUAUUACGGCUGUGAUUCUUGCGGUCAUCGGUGCUGGCGCGGGACAAGACCCUAUCAAAAAGUGGUGCCGCGACCACCGGGCCCAUCAUCGCUAUGUUGAUACCGAUCAUGAUCCGUACAGUGUAAAAAGGGGAUUCUUCUAUGCGCAUAUAGGAUGGCUCUUGUUUGAAAAACCACGUUCGCCUCAUGACGCCUCCACUAUACGCCACGUGGAUAUGACCGACCUCAAAUCUGAUCGUAUUGUGGAAUGGCAGCGCCGAUACUAUUUCAUCUUGGCAGGCUACGUCGUCCCCACGGUCAUAUGUGGUCUAUGCUUUGGUGACUUCUUUGGUGGAUUCUUCAUUGCAGGCUGCUUAGCUACAGCUCUACAACUACAAGCCGUACUUUGUAUGAAUUCUGUCGCGCACUGGUUCGGGGAUCAGCCUUAUGGAAUUGGAAAUCUUCCCGAAAUCAAUAUUUGA